AUUAACUGUACCACACAGACUAUAUCAGAAGUGUCACCCCUCAGAAAGAUUAUUUUACACUUCAAGUGCUAAUACAUGAAGUUAGAAGAACUAGGACGUAUCAGUCCUCUACAUAAUCCCUUGUAGAAGGCCUCUGUGGCUGUUGGAAGAUUUGAAGACAUUCGUCGUACCUUGUGCUUCGAUGAGAAGCGGACCAGAGCCUUCUGACUAGAAAGAGACCACGUGGCCUUCCGCUAUGUGUGGGACCUGUUCCUGGUCAACUAGUGAUUGUGUCACUGUGGACAGUGACAGUGACAACAUGUGCCAUUCAGGGCUGACAAGACAAACCCGAGGAGGAGCUUUGCAGUGAGGCCAUACUUAAAGGUUAUAACAUGAGUACAUGCGAGAAAAACACAGAAAUCAAUCGCCGACCAGCUUGGUAGCGGAAACUCAAAGUAAAAAAAGAUGUUCGCCGAGUCACUGGUCUUGGUUCUCAUGUGUUGGGUCGUCACCUCGGCCGAGGACUUGUACAUGAGCAGAGCUUUGAAGUUGAUGUCGGAAAUACCGCUCAUCGAUGGCCACAACGACCUGCCUUGGCAACUUCGGAAACUAUUCAACAACCAACUCAACCAAGUCGAUCUAAACACUCUGGAAACAACACACACCAACAUCCCAAAGAUAAAGAAAGGACGUCUGGGAGCGCAGUUCUGGUCGGCUUAUGUACCCUGUGACACUCAGUACAAAGACGCCGUCAGACAAACACUGGAGCAGAUUGAUGUGAUCCACAGGAUGUGUCACAGAUACCCCAACCAGUUCAUGUUUGCCACCAGCAGCCAAGACAUCAUGGAAGCUUUCAAGCUCAACAAGACGGCCAGUCUGAUCGGGGUCGAGGGGGGCCACUCCAUUGACAGCAGUCUGGGCACACUGCGUACCAUGUACCAGUUGGGGGUCCGCUACCUUACACUCACACACUCCUGCAACACACCCUGGGCCGAUAACUGGCGUGUGGACACUGGAGUCGAACCAUCUCAACACAAUGGCCUAUCUCCAUUUGGCAAGCAAGUGAUUGCAGAAAUGAACCGUCUGGGAAUGCUGAUCGACUUGGCUCAUGUGACUGUACGAGUGAUGAACCAAGUGUUGGACAUGUCAAAGGCACCCGUCAUCUUCAGCCACUCCUCCGCAUUCAGUAUCUGUCCACACAAGAGGAACGUUCCUGAUGAUGUUCUCAGAAGAGUGAAUGAAAGUGGAGGAAUAGUCAUGGUGAACUUCUACAACGACUACGUGACCUGUAGCCAGACCGCCACCAUGUCCAAUGUUGCCGAUCAUUUUGACCACAUCAGGAAAGUGGGCGGGGCCGGCAUCAUCGGUUUCGGUGGGGACUAUGAUGGCGUUACCAGACUUCCAGAGGGUCUUGAGGACGUGUCCAAGGUACCCAAUCUGGUAGCUGAGCUGCUCAGAAGAGGCUGGUCUGAUGAUGAGGUCAAAGCCGCUCUUGGAAACAACUUGCUACGUGUACUCAAACGAGCUGAAGAGGUCCGUGACAUUCUGAGCAGCAAUAAACCUGAUGAUGUCCCGAUCCCAAAUAGUGAGGUGAAGAACCCAUGUAGGACAAGCUACGGUUAUGACGACGAUGGAAACAAUGGAAUUGCCCACUCACUGAGCGUUAUGUCUCUUCUUUUAUCAGUGGCUUUGCACACUAUCGUCCCACUGAUAACCCCAUAGCAUGUUUGUCACUUCCACAAGGACAAGUUGAAUUGAUGAAAAGUGGUCAAUUUUGUUUGGCUGCUUUAAGUAUCUUCUCAGGGCAGUGAAUCAAUCGCAACUGGAAUGUUCAGGUUGGCUUAGAACACUGAUGAAGCCAAGCCAGCUUCAGCGGUAUGAAUUGACUAGACUUGAAUUGCAUGACUUGACUUGACUUGAGUUGCAUGACUUGACUCAACUUGUAUUGACAUGGACAUGUCUUGGCUUGACUUGAGUUGCAUGACUUGGCUUGGCUUGAGUUGCACUUGACUUGCAUGACUUGGCUUGUAUUGACAUUGACAUGACUUGUAUGACUUGUAUUGACAUUGACAUGACUUGUAUGACUUGACUUGAGUUGCAUGACUUGUCUUGGCUUGAGUUGCAUGACUUGACUUGCGUGACCUGACUUGCAUUGACAUGACUCGUAUGGCUUGAGUUGCAUGACUUUGCUUGAGUUGCAUGACUUUGCUUGAGUUGCAUGACUUGAAUUGCAUGACUUGAUUGACAUUGACAUGACUUGUAUGACUUGUCUUGACUUGCAUGAAUUGAUUUGCAGGAAUUGACUUCAAUGACUUGACUAGCAUGACUUGACUUGUAUUGACAUUGACAUUACUUGACUUGAGUUGCAUGACUUGACUUGUAUUGACAUUGACAUGACUUGUAUGACUUGACUUAACUUGGGUUGCAUGACUUGCCUUGGCUUGAGUUGUAUUGACAUUGACAUGACUUGUAUGACUUGAGUUGCAUGACUUGGCUUGAGUUGCAUGUAUUGACUUGCAUGACUUGACUUGUAUUGACAUUGACAUGACUUGUAUGACUUGACUUGCAUGACUUGAUUUGACUUGCAAGACUUGACCUGAUCUGACUCAGAUUAUGGAACAGAUUAAGUAAAGGGGUAAAUAAGGGGAUUAAAUCAACUUUGCUUCUUCCUCCUCCUUUUGGACACAUGGAACUGUGAAUCAAAUUAUGUGAAGUGUUUCAACAUAACUUAUAUGCAUGUUCAAAUAAAAUAAAUAAUUACCAUUACCAAAUACCUAAGGUAGGUGAUUUAAAUGUCUGGCAGCAACAGCCUACAAAGUAAAUAUGAUGUUGUUAUCACUUUAGAACUUUAGAACUCGUGUCUGUGACAGAACCAACUUUGU